UAUUACUUUUUGUAACAUUUUCUAAUCAUCACACAAAUACACAGUGUUUUCACCUUGUGAUAUACCUAACUGACUUUUCAUGUUCUAAUACAUACCUCAUUAUGAUUUCAAGUGGGACUGAUCCAUUAAACAUUUUAAUGGGAUUUGCUGAUGGUAAAAUACGCCUUACAAAUGUUCAACUCAAUAAUGUAUCAGAUUUUGGUGAUUAUAUUGAAUAUUCGAUUCACGAUAACAAAAAAGGAAGAGUAAAUAUGUUGUGUUUCAGUCACGAUAACUAUAUGUUAUACACAUGUGGUGAUGAUGGGAAUAUUUUUAGUUUUAUGUUUCAAUGUGAUAAUAAGGUCAUAGAGAAGUGUAUGAUUUCUGUUUCUGAAUUGCCUCAGUCGUCUGUAUUUGCUGGAGAAGACAUUUUAAUUAUUAAAGAAGACCUAAAACUAAGUUUGGAAGAGAGAAAGAUUCAUAAUGAAAACCUUAAAGCUUUAAACUUAGCUAAUAAAGAAAAGGAUAAGACUAGUUAUUUAUUAUACGGUUUGAGAGAUAAGUUCAAACAAGUUUUAUUUAGCAACAAGUCAUUACCAGAAACACUGCGAUUUUCUGAUGACUAUUUUCAAUUAGAUGAGCGAAUCAAUAGUUCACUUAUUAAAGAGGCACAAUUUGAAAUGGAUAAAUUACGUUUGAAGCUAGCGUUUGAUUACAAAAAGAGCUCAUUAAGUCUUAACUAUUUGAAAAAAUAUUUCAUUGAUCCAAUUGUAACUAAUAAGUUUGCAGUUAAAGCAAUUUUAAGAGAUAUAGGAGUCAAAACAAUAUACCACGAAAUGCGUGACAAUUUAUUCAGUAGUUUAGUGGAGGAAUUUUUAUCUAAGAAACUUCCAAAACUACCGUAAGUUAUUAAUUUCAAUCAUUAUACCUAA